GAAGAAAUCAAUUGCGGAUUAUAUUUAUAUCGUGUAAAUAAUAUACUCAAGCUCUGUUAUUUUUGGUGAACUAUUUUUGUCCGCUCUAGAUUCGGUGCAUUGAAAUAUAUUUUGACAUAUAGGAAAGAAUGUAUGCCUGCAAGACUUCGUCGGGGAUGAUGUGAAUGAUGUGAUGAUCAUGUCGAGCAUGAUGGGUGAUGCUAUGUUAAGAGAACGUCUGCCCGCCUUAUGGCGGCGGAUAGAGGACGCGCAUUACAGCUAUUUGGAGGUAGACGACAGCCCCGAGAAGUUACUGCAGAAGAAAAAGUUAGAAGGCUAUAUCCUUGAAUACCUUACGCUGGUGCCUCAUGAGUGUAAGUUUGGACUAGCAGAGGCUGCUAAGAUCUUCCAACGUACUAUAGACGAGUUGCCCGAUUACAGCGCGUAUCGUGCUAGUAUAGGCUGGGCGGCCAUCGCCAGAUACGCCGGCAACCUGCUGGCACAACCAUGGAGGAAGGAGUAUAAGGAAAUACGGCUGUACUCCGGUUUCUACAAGCACGAGGUCGAGUCUAACCUGGUGUGUGCCGAGAGCCUUCUACAUAUCCUGGGCUAUAGACCAUCUGGUCCGGGAAAACUCGCGCUCGACGGGCCCGUGUGCCCGGACAUGGCCGCUGCCAUAUCGAGGGACGCCAUCAUCGCUUACUGCGAGUGUCAGAUAAUGUCUGAGAUCUGGGAGAGCGUGUGGUCUAACGGCGGCAGAGUGUCGUGGGCGGCGGUGUCACGGGAGCGAAUUGCACGAGCUUCAUCACCUUCCUCCGCGGCAGCGAGACUAGCCGGGUGCGGGGAAGCUGAAAUCUACUCAAAUUUACCAGCGACAUCAGACCAAAGGAGGAUAGAAGCUGAUCACACGUCAUAUCAGAUGCCCCCGCCGUGUUACUGUGCGGACCAGGUCGAAGAACCGGUGCAACCCAUAAUAAACCCCUACCUUAUACCCAAAAUGCCGCCUAUGAUGUACGAACUGCCGCCCAUGCAGUGCAAUCCAGUGCCCAUUAUGACCCCGUACGGCGUCCCGUAUUAUUACCCCGUGCAAACGCCGUACAUGAUACCCACGCCGGUUUACGCGCCAAUAAAACACGCGACAAAUAUACCGGUCAAUGGUUAUCCGCCGAUAUAUCUGGAUAUGCCAGCUGUGCCCACCGCGCAGCUGAUUGAGCUGGACGGAGCUUCGGUUUACGAGAACGGUAAAUUUGGACGGCAGGAUGAUAGGGGCCAUAAGAGGAAUAGACAGGCCGAGUCGAAACGUACAUCGAAAUCCGGGUUCAGUGACGUCUCCCUGCCCAGUCUGCCGCGAUCUGACACUCAGCCGGCGUUGAGUAAGGCGAAGGAAGACGGCAUGGGCACUUACGAGAGUUGGGACUAUGUUUUUCGGAAUCUAUCUAGCAAGGAACGCCAUGGAGAUAGCAGAAGUGGGUUUUCUCAAUCGCUGGACAGAGAUUCAAGGACGCUCGAUAGGUUGGACAGAGAAGAGAGGAGAUCUAAAUACCAACCUACCACCCUAGACUUAGAAGACGGGCUCCAAGCUUUAAACUUGGAUAGAUCGUAUGACGAAGACGCGUAUCGGACGGCUAAGGUGAACGAGAAUUUAAUGAGGCUGAAGCAGGAGCAGGAGUUAAAAAAAUCAAAGCAGAUGAAGAAGCAAACAGAAGAUAAACGACCGAAAAAAACCCUAGAACCCGUUGGCAACCCUAAGGCUGAUGGUCUCAUCACACCGAAGGUUGCACCGGAUAAGGUUAAACUGCUGACCAAAAAGGAGAUUAAGGAUAGGAAGGACGUCAUCAAGCAGCAAAACUCAAACCUCGAGUCAUCAUCAAGUGUGGCCGAUGUCAAGAGAGUCAAGAAAGUAUCCAAGCUCAUACCGUCUGAUGCUGAUAAAAAAAUUAAACCUUUAGAAAAUGGCCUCCAUAAGGCACAGAGCUCUAAAACUAAUACAGUCGCAAAUCAAUCAAACCACGAUUUGAAAGCACAACUGGUCGUCUCGCUCGACGAACCCGAUUACAAGCGAACACCGAAACAGAACGGCGAACGCGAACGAACACCGAACCGAACGGACGAGGGGACUGACACCAGGAGAGACAAAUGGGAGUGUAAUACAUGCACAUACCUCAAUAAGAACGCGGCUGUAGCGUGCGAGAUGUGCGGGAAGUCGAAAAAGGGACCGGAAAUCGAACCACUGACUUCCGGUGGCAGGGAAUGUCCAGCCUGUACUCUGGUCAACAAACGGGAAGCCAGAAUAUGCGACGCUUGCGGCACGAGUCUAGACCAUUGUCCUACAUACAUAUAAUCUGGACCAAAUACGACAAGUUAUGUAGUGUCGGCAAAAGUAGAGACUCGGUGGUGAUAGACAGGGUUAGAAUUGUUAUAUUUUGUGUGCUUGGCUUGAGAUUAUAUUUUACUGUAUAAUAAAAUUGACUAUAUAAUGAAAUGCAAAUAAUAUGUAGGCCUACGUCAUCUCAGCUAACAUUAUGUAUUAGUCACUAACUAUUUAUAUUAACGAGAUCUAAGAUUUAUUGGUCACAUAUUUUGAAACGCGUUGAUUAAAUUAAAGCUAUUUAUAAAUACUGGAAGGAUGAGUAUUAAAAUUGUGUUAUGUUCAAUAGUUUAUAUAGUCUAUGGUGUGAAAAAAAAAAUAGUCGAUUUGUCUAUGGCAAACACAUAGCGGAUUGAUCCUAUUUUACUUUACUAUUGUUGUUUUAUGGCAUGGAAGUUUAAUGUUGUUUUAACUAGCUUCCGUAACUAAUAUACGCAUUUGUUACUUGACAGGAUUUGUCUCAUGUUUGUAUUGAAAAUGUGCUGUUAUGUUAUUGUUUACAACUGACAGUUAGUUUCUGUGUAACAUCAGAUCUAUGGUAAGUCUGAGUCUGUGAACUAUUGACAGCGAAUCAUAUAUAUAUAUAUAUGUGUUAAUUUUAUUGAAACUUAUUUAUAACUGCAUUUUCAACCUCCUUUUGUGUAUUUAUUCAUAUAAAAACGUUAUAAUUUAAUUUAUUUGUUACAUGUAAAUAAUAAAUUUUAUCUUAAAACUUUUUUUUUUAAUGUAAUAACAGGGUGUUUUAUAUUUUUAUUUUUUUAUAAAGGAAAAAGAGAGUUCCGUUGCGUUAAUUUAUACUGUUUGGUUUCAAUCGAAAAUUGUGUUUUUUUUAUAUUAGAAAGAAAUGAUGGAAAUGCUUUAAAGAUAGUUUAUAUUAAAAAAAAAAAAACUUUUUUAUUAUAAUAAAUUAUAUACAUGUAUAUAGCUGUUAGAUAUUGUAAAUAAUAGAUUUUACCGUAUUUAUACAUGGUUACUAUGUAAAGAAGAUAUUAGCUUAUUGUUGUUUUCGAAAUUAAAUAAUAUUGUAACGCACUGGGAUAGGAUCGUACUGGGGAUACUAACGAAUCUGGGUCAGUCAUCACUGACUGGAAUUUUGAUUUAAUUUUAUCUUACAAUAAACUAUAUCGUCUAUUAAUAUUAGCGCCAUCUAUUGUAAAAAAAAUAAUAUGUGUAGUUACUUGUAAAAUAUCGAGAACGAUUCUAUACUCUGUUAACGGUGUGUUUCAUGCUUUAUAAAUUUAAAAAUUAAAAUUAAUGAAAUAUGUAUAAUUAAUAGAAUUCAUAGUAUAUUUGGAUAACGCACUAGAGACGUGUAUUUUUCUAAAAUUUAGAUUCCGAGAUGGUUUUGUAAUAUUGUGCUUUAGUUUGUUUUAUGCUUUUAUUUGAUGAAACCGAUUUAAGAUUUUCAUGAAAAAAUGUUGUGUAAAAGAAGAAUAAAUAACGUAUCAUCGUUUUA